UUAGAGGCAUAUCUUAGCAAUUAAACACUCAUAAUUAAAUGAAAAAUAGCCAAUAAGAAUAAGGACGCCUCUUAAUUAAGAAGUUUUCUAUGUUGUCCUUACGAGCCACCUGUCUCACAGGAGGGAGUUUUACCUUCUUCUCUCCACAUCUCUCUCGAGACAGAAAUUGAUCGAUUUUUUUCUUCACCAAUUGUAGAUCCCUCUGUUUCCCUCGUAGAUCUUCUCCUCUCUCUGUUUUCCUCGCUUGAGACCGGUGGUGUUCGAUUUGAAGGACUUUGGAGGUGUCGGCAAUGGGGUCACGGACUCACGGUUGACACCGAGGCGUUUGAGAGAGCGGUGGUGGAGAUUUGCAGCGUAACGCAUUGGCUGGCUUGCCUGAGAUUCUUGUCACCACACCUGCUUGUAUUCCUAAGUGUUUUGCAGAUGGGGUUUUAGAUCCCGCAGCUAUCAGUGAAUCGCUUGAGAUUUUGGUUCUUGAUGAGUUCUGAUGUUGAGAAAUUGAAGAAAUUGAUUCUGCACAACCCGGUAGUCUUGACCUUGCAAGAAGGUUCUGACAAGGAAGAGCCCGUCCCAAGUAAUGUGCAGCAGUUUUGGAUUUCUUGCAGUACUCAGGAUAAACUACUACACAUUCUUGCUCUCCUGAAGCUAGAGGUUGUUCAGAAGAAAGUUCUGAUAUUCAUCAAUACUAUUGACAUGGGUUUCAACGGCCAUUGACACCGGUGAAAAGUGUAAGCUACUGUCAUUGAUUCUCGUUCUUGUGCUUGCUUCUUGUUAUUGAUUCAUGUUGUUGUUUGUUUCAGGAUUGGACUCUCUUGCAACACACAGGUAUUGAGAGCAUCCGUGUCACGUACUCACGGAUUUCUUCUUAUUUCACCAAACGUUCCAUGUUAAGUUCUUUCUUCUUUCUUCUAUCUCAAGUUUUUUAUCUAAACACAAGAUCAAACGAUUCAAAUUAUUUAUCUAAACACAAGUUCUAGCUCAAACUCUUUCUUCCAUCUCAAGUCUUAUAAAACAAGAAAAAUCCUACCAAUAAUCUUUAAUUUAUGGAUUGUCCUUAGCUUUGUCUUUUAAUAUAAAAGUAAUAAUAAAAUAUGUUAAGGACUUAAAAAUUGUCCUACCAAUAAUGUUGCCCUU